AUGAAGGAGCGGAGAAGUGUCUCGCAAUCAAGGACAUCCCGCACAGGACAAUUGCGGAACGGAGGGUUCCGGGAGUCACGGUUUCGGGUAGCGCUCAUGUCGAGGUGUGCGAGGCCGAGUAGCAGCGGGACGUCGCACAUGUUUGCGCCAUCUUCCCUGCCAUCGGUGGGGCAACCGUCAUACGAAAGUGGUGUGUCUUCGAUGCCUAAUAUAUCCUUCCCAACGUGCAAUGACGGAGCAUUAAGCCCAGGGGAUUCAAUGUAUCCACCAUCACUUCCCCAGAGGGCGAAAAACAAGCGCACAGGCCAAAAAGACAAACAAAAGAGACAGAGCACAUUAGGAUCGGUGGACUCUGAAGAGGAAAAAAGAUCCUUUUUGGCGUCAGCUGCUGCGUUCAGGAGACACCGUCGUUACAACAACCCCUUUACAGCUUAUUGCUUGGCCUCCGAUCCCUAUGAUCGCCCACGUGAGAUCGAAAGACAGCGUCAGUUUAUGAGCUGCUACAAACGUAUCGCCUGCCGGUUUGUUGCUGGAGGUAAGAACGCACUGGACAAACCCACUCGGUAUAUGUUGGGAGAUUGCGUCGCCAGGCUCUAUAAGGCGGUUGCCGCAGAUUGGCCGGAAGCAGAUCCCAUGGUCGUUUCCAGUGCGGAGGACCUAAUUGUUGUUUUCAUGAAUUUAGACGCUGUCCGUAAUCCAGUGACGGCACUGCGUUAUAUGAACGCGCUACUGAAGAGAUGUGACGUUGUGCGGGCAUUUGACUUAAAAAAAGUGCCAGAGGGAUGGGACGUAGUUACUGAAGACGGUCAUUUGAUGUACACAUUUAGACCUCCAUGGGUGGGGGAACGACGAUUUCUUCCAGAUCAGGUGGCGGUGAAAAAGUCGCGCGGAAGAUAA